AUGAAUAAUUGUUUUGAUGAUGACUCCUUUGAGCCUUCAUCGCUUACCAGUACUAGUACUAUAUCAGGUGAUCCAAAAGUUGAAGAAGCUGUUCAUCAGCUUUUGGAAGAGGGUUGGUUCUUUGGCAAAUUGGUGGCCAACAGCAACAGCCAACCGAAGAUGCUCAGGUGCUAUUCUGAUCCUUCUCCAAACUUCGAUCAACAAAUUUUAGCAAAGACUUGUCCGUCGAGUCAAAUAUCUUCAUCCACAAGAAAAUCAGUCACUCCAGGUAAUUUGACUCGUGCACCAUCCUUACCACCUAAUAUAGGGAGAUCAGAAGAGAAAAUACACGAGAUAGAGAGCAGUACUGCUGGAAUGAGCAGAAAAUUGACUAGGCAAUUAUCAGAUCAAAUCUUGAUUCAAAAACCAAGUUGUGUGAAAAAGAAGGAAGGAAAAAGUGAAGAAAAAGCAAGUCUUACUAGGAGGAGCAAAAUGAUGGAGGCCGGCAAAUCAUCACAGCAUAGUUUGCUAAGAACACCAUCUUUACCACCUUAUAUUGGGAGGGAAGAAAUGAUUGAAUUAGAAAACGAGAGUGAUGAAAUUACAAUGAGCAAAUUGAUUCGGCAAGCAAUGCCUCUCUCUUCGGAUAUCUUGCCUCGCCAACCAAGUUCUAAGAUGAUCACGCCCAAGCACAGACCACCAAGAAACUUGGAGGUGGAAAGCAGUGAUGCAUUGAGGAAUAGUACUUAUGAAACAAGACAUAUUAGUUAUCCUAAAAAUCAAAGGAAACUGGACAAGAGCCUAAGCAAUGUUGAAUUUCAUGAAGUGCAAGGGUUUAAGGACUUGGGAUUCAAAUUCGACAAAAAAGACUUAAAUCCACCAAGUAUGGUUGAGAUAUUUGCUGGUUUGCAAGAGAAGAAAAAACAUAUAAAGCAGGAUCAAGAUCAUAAGGUGAGGGAGCCUUAUCCCUCUGGUUCUUGGCAAGUAACAAGUUGUGACCCAGUCUGGGCUGCCAAAAAUUCUGCACAAGAAAUGAAGGCGCAACUCAAGUUUUGGGCCCGAUCUGUCGCAUCCAACGUGCGCUAG